UGCUACCAGUUCACAUGACGCUUCAAAGCUUUAGUCAUCAGAGGAGCAGCGACCAGUAACAAGCAUCUGCCAACGAACGCCGUUUUUACCAGCACGGUGUUUAAGGAACUAUUCUCACUUGUAUCUUCACUCGACAAAAAGAAGAACAAGGCCUCUUAUCGAUAUAGCUUAUCCGAACCAGAGUGGCUGAAUUUUAUAGUCCGUCAAGUGAAGUGCACUUGUUCGGUCGAGGACCCACAGGCAUCGGCGACAGGCGAUCAGCAUCUCCACGGCUGAAUCAGUGACAGAAACCGCCUGUUGUGACAAGACUCCAAAGAUGAAACACUCCAAUUGUUGUAGCGCCCUACUGGUCCUCAUCUGCUUUGCAGUGCUAGGCUGCAGUCAAGCUGUUACUCUUGAAGUGAGGGAGGGGAACUCUACAUGCAUCAAGGCAGACUUCACUGCAUUUUUCUCCAUCACUUACAACACCUCCAGUAGUGCGAGAACCGUGCGGGUGUCACUGCCCAACACCACCACAGUCGAUGCGGCGAGCAGCUCGUGCGGUGCAGAUGGCAGCGUACCGUGGCUGGUGGCUACGUUUGGAUCUGGACACGCUCUAGGGCUGAGCUUCACAAGAAAUGGAAGUUUUUACAGUGUGGAUAACCUGACGCUGCAGUACAAUCUCAGUGACUCUUCUAUUUUUGCGGAGGCCAACAGCUCUGAUGUGGUCACUGUUGUGUCAGCGACUGUUGGAAUCGGGGCAGCGAUCAACACCACCUACCACUGUGUGAGCUCCACCUCUGUUGUAGUCGGGGGACAAAUGGUCACAUUAUCUGAUAUGAGACUUGAGGCGUACAUGACAGGAAAUGAUCUGAGUUCAGCUGAAACCGUCUGUGCAGCAGAUCAAGCCAGCACUGCCGCUCCCACCACCACUGCCCAAACUCCAACCACACCAACUCCACAACCAGCAACACCCGAACGAGGAACAUACUCCAUUAGUAAUAAUGGCACAAUUUGUUUCUUGGCCCAAAUGGGACUGCAGCUCAAUUUCACCUACUUCUCUCAAUCCCAGAAUAAGACUAUCCAGGAAAUUUUCAAUCUCACCCCAAAUCUGACUGUUUCAUCCGGAUCAUGUGAAUCCAACAGUGCAAACUUAGUUCUGACUCAGGACAGAACUACCACACUCAACUUCAUCUUCACUGUGAACUCAACAACCAACAAAUACCACCUUAGCGGGAUAACCUUGUUCGCCAAUUGGUCUGAUAUGACAGUUCCCUUCACAGCUACUAACACCAGCCUUGACUACCUGGGGACGACAGUGGGGCGCUCCUACAUGUGUAACGCAGAGCAAACUCUUGUUGUGGUGGAACAAUUCUCUUUGAACACAUUCAGACUGCAAGUUCAACCCUUUGGAGUCACCACUAACCACUUUGCCACAGCCGAGGAGUGUCAGAUGGACCAAGACCAGAUGCUCAUCCCCAUCAUUGUAGGAGCAGCCCUUGCUGGCCUGGUGCUGAUUGUCCUCAUUGCAUACCUCAUAGGCCGCAAGAGGAGCCAUGCUGGAUACCAGACCAUCUGAACCGAACUCUCGUCUUAGGGCAUCCUGACAUGACUGUGUGGAGUGUGACAAUGAGAAUGCAAUAGACUGCAGACACAAGCGUUACAGAAUGGAAGCGAGUGUUUGCAUGUUGCUGUGAUAUUCAGAUUAUAUAUAUUUUUUUCUUUCUGUGUUGAGAAAAGCCAAAUGCAGCAGUGUGCAUCAAACUUGAGUCUAUGCUAGAGGCAUUUCAGUCUAGAUUAGCAUGAUUUUUAAAAAAAUCUUCACCUCCCAGCAAUCCACAAAGGUUGAAUCGACGCAACUGGAGUAUUGUUUUUUGAAGACAUUUCACCUUUUUUCCAUAAAACCUCUUCAGUUGUAAAAAAAAAAAAAUGUGAAUGACGGCUCUGCUUAACAAUUUCUCCGACGGCCUCUCAGGGGCCCACCACCUGUGAAAUAAUGGAGAAAAUACUUUUUCCUCAGUCUCUUUGGUGCUUUUCUCACAACCAUAUUAACCUUUGCAUCGCAGUCAGUGCAUGGUCACAAAAAAUGGUCACAAUCUAGUGACAUUACCUAAAAAUGCUGAAGACAGCACUGUAAAUUACUUGUGCAGCCAUUUGAAAACGACUAUAAAGUUAAACAUUAAAGUAGGUAAGAGUGAGUGCAAGAGUUUAACAUAUAUGCUCUUUAAUGCUUCUCCAACAAUGCAAUUCUCUAACAAAAUAAAUUGGAAUAUAUUAAUAUACAUUUACAGUAUUUACAAUACAACACACUUUUGGUAGAGUUGUGCACAAAUGUAGAUGUGCUGUAAAAUGACAUACAGUGACAUAUACUGCAAACAUAUUUCUCCUGGACUGGUGAAUCCACCCUGUGCAGGAGUCUACUGUGAUGUCAUCACAUGCUGCGUCCAUGGCUAUUAGCAGGGCAGUUUGUGCACGUGGACAUCUGUCAUGUAAACAUUCCUCUAUUGGAUUAAGGAAUGGGAGUAAGGGGAGAGAGAUGUUAAACUAGCAUUUUGUCAUGUGCUGCAAACCACUGCAUGACCAGACGUGAGUGGUGAAAACAGACAAUAAUCCCACGCUGCAACAUAACUCCACCCCUCAAUUUCAGGGUCUAUCACCCUGCAGAGUCAUCAAAUGUUGUAUAUUUCAACCAAGAAGGUGCACACAGGUGAGGCCGCUAUUGUCUGAAAUGGCUGUACCAGAAUAAGCUUCAUAGAUAAACAACUUUUCAUGUGUAAAAAUGCAGUUUGGAACAGAAUUGCUAGUGUGCUGCAUGAAAUUACACAAAGUAAAAGUUUACUGUGCUAACAACUUCCGUGUACAUAUAAGACAUGUUUUACCUGUUCAUACUGGAGACCGAUCUCCAGCUUUUCACUGUUCCGUUCAUAUGGCGCUUUGUACAAUUGUAAAUUGUUGCAAUUGACAGAUUCAAUUUUGUCAAUCUGUGACAGCAUCACCAAGUCAUGAGUGACAGCUGAAAUUCACCUGAGAGCAAUUGUUCAAUUUAGGCAUUUUCAGCAAAAAAAAGUAGAAUAGAUAAUGAGUUCAACAAUUUUGUAUGCAAUAACUGAAGCAAUGAAAUUAAGACUAUUGGUUUUAUUGGGAACAACUAUUCAGCAUAAGUAUAGUUUUGACAUGUAAUGAGCAAUAAUAAUGUUACAAAACAAGCAACUGAUAUACAUCCAAAAGCAUUUGCAAUGUAAUCAGAGCAAGAAGAAAUUGCCAAGAUGUGCACAAAUGGUUAAAUGCAGUGGAAGUUGAACUAAAAUUUCUGAGAAAAGCACUGAGAAUAAUUGUAAAUGGGGGAACUCUUCACCUAAAAUCUUAUAAAAGAAGUCUUUUGAAAGAAAGGUGGAACGUCUUCAAACAAGAGUUCAGUUGCUUCAAUCCAACAUUUACAAAUGACCAUAACCUGGAUGAGAAUCAUUUCACCUCCCAAUGUUUUCAUGGUCUCUUUGGAAAUUACUGAAUUUCAUAAUAUGUUUGGUUUUUAGAACCUCUUUCUCCUCGUUAUGAGGUAAUAUGGAAGUAACAUGAGGUAAUACUGUAUGACCCGAAAGAUAGAUUUAUUUUUACAAGAUUGAAUUUCCUCCUUUUGUAAGAAAUGUGGACAGCUGAGAAUGUGUAUAUGCAAAGGUUUUCAAUUGAGUGACCAGCAAGAGAUGAGCCCUGGUAGUCUCCAAAAAGGGAAAGAAGGUUCCCCUCACUCCCCCAACCAAACAAUGCUUUUCAGUGGUGUGACUGUGCAUUGCCUCUUGUGCAAAUUAAGGCAGUUACAAAUUAAUAUGUGCUUUAAAUCUGUGUGAUGGUCCAGCAGUCCAACUCUGCAUUGUGGGUUACUAUUACUCUUACUAUUGCUAUUUGGGAUAUCCUCAGCAUCUCUUGAGAAGAAAUGUUUAGAAUUUUUUGAUACAAAACUAUUUAAACUUGUUUUGGCAUUGCAAAUCUUAAAAGAUAAUAAACAUUUUGGUGGUGAUUGGAA